AUGGACAAAUCUUGCACCUUGCUUGUACACUACGACAAAGGCACUCCAGCAGUUGCCAGUGAGAUCAAAGAAGCUCUCGAAGGGAAUGAUGUUGAAGCAAAAGUUGACGCCAUGAAGAAGGCGAUUAUGCUUUUGCUGAAUGGUGAAACCAUUCCUCAUCUUUUCAUAACUAUUAUUAGAUACGUUCUGCCUUCUGAGGACCACACAAUCAAAAAGCUGCUGCUGCUGUACCAAGAGCUGAUUGAAAAAACGGAUUCUAAAGGGAAGGUGAUGCCUCAAAUGAUUUUGAUUUGCCAGAGUCUCAGGAAUAACCUUCGGCAUCCGAAUGAGUACAUUCGUGGAGUGACGCUGAGGUUUCUCUGCCGAAUGAAGGAGAUUGAAAUUCUGGAGCCUUUGACUCAAUCUGUGCUGCAGAAUCUGGAGCAUCGCAAUCCAUUCGUUCGCAGGAAUGCAAUUCUGGCUAUUAUGUCCAUAUACAAGCUUCCACACGGCGACCAACUCUUUGUGGAUGCACCUGAAACGAUCGAGAAAGUUCUAUCGACAGAACAAGACCCGUCUGCCAAGAGAAAUGCUUUUCUGAUGCUCUUCACCUGUGCUGAAGAACGAGCAGUGAAGUAUCUUCUGAGCAAUGUUGACAAGGUUUUGGACUGGAACGAAUCGCUCCAGAUGGUGGUGCUGGAGUUGAUUCGAAGCGUGUGCAAGACGAAACCAACAGAGAAGGGGAAAUAUAUGAAGAUUAUUAUUUCUCUGCUAAGUGCAACUUCUUCUGCGGUUGUUUAUGAUUGUGCCGGGACGCUUGUUUCUCUCUCGUCUGCUCCUACUGCUAUUAGAGCUGCUGCCAACGCCUACUGCCAACUUCUUCUUUCUUUGAGUGACAACAGUGUGAAGCUUGUUUUGCUCGAUCGAUUACCAUUUGCAACUCCGUGGAUCUCUCCUCCUCUCGUAGCACCGGAAAAGAUGGACAAAUCGUGUACCUUGCUUGUACACUAUGACAAAGGCACUCCAGCAGUUGCCAAUGAGAUUAAAGAAGCUCUCGAAGGGAAUGAUGUUGAAGCAAAAGUUGAUGCCAUGAAGAAGGCGAUUAUGCUUCUGCUGAACGGUGAAACUAUUCCGCAUCUUUUCAUAACGAUUAUUAGAUACGUGCUGCCUUCUGAGGAUCACACAAUUCAAAAGCUGCUGCUGCUGUACCUGGAGCUGAUUGAGAAAACGGAUUCCAAGGGGAAGGUGCUGCCUGAAAUGAUUUUGAUUUGCCAGAAUCUUAGGAACAACCUUCAGCAUCCAAAUGAGUACAUUCGUGGAGUGACGCUGAGGUUUCUCUGCCGGAUGAAGGAGAUUGAAAUAGUGGAGCCUUUGACUCCAUCUGUGUUGCAAAAUCUGGAGCAUCGCCAUCCAUUCGUUCGCAGGAAUGCAAUUCUGGCUAUCAUGUCCAUAUAUAAGCUUCCCCACGGCGAUCAACUCUUUGUGGAUGCACCUGAAAUGAUCGAGAAAGUUCUAUCGACAGAACAAGAUCCGUCUGCCAAGAGAAAUGCUUUUCUGAUGCUCUUUACCUGUGCUGAAGAACGGGCAGUGAACUAUCUUCUGAGCAAUGUUGACAAGGUUUCGGACUGGAAUGAAGCACUUCAGAUGGUGGUGCUGGAGUUGAUUCGAAGUGUGUGCAAGACUAAACCAACAGAGAAGGGGAAAUAUAUUAAGAUUAUUAUUUCUCUGCUAAGUGCCACUUCUUCUGCGGUUAUUUAUGAUUGUGCCGGGACGCUUGUUUCUCUCUCGUCUGCUCCUACUGCUAUCAGGGCUGCUGCCAACACCUACUGCCAACUUCUUCUUUCUCAGAGUGACAACAAUGUGAAGCUUAUUUUGCUCGAUCGGUUGAAUGAGCUUAAGUCAUUGCACAGAGAUAUCAUGGUUGAGUUGAUAAUAGAUGUGCUCAGAGCCCUCUCAAGCCCUAACCUUGAUAUCCGCAGGAAGACACUUGACAUUGCCCUUGAUCUGAUUACUCAUCAUAAUAUUAAUGAGGUCGUUCAAAUGUUGAAGAAAGAAGUUGUGAAGACACAGAGUGGAGAGCUUGAGAAGAAUGGAGAGUACAGACAAAUGCUUAUCCAAGCAAUCCAUGCUUGUGCUGUUAAGUUCCCUGAAGUUGCAAGCACAGUGGUCCAUCUUCUAAUGGAUUUCUUGGGAGAUAGCAAUGUGGCUUCAGCACUUGACGUGGUUGUUUUUGUUAGGGAGAUAAUAGAAACAAAUCCCAAGCUAAGAGUUUCAAUCAUUACCAGGUUGUUGGACACGUUCUACCAGAUCCGCGCGGGAAAGGUCUGCCCUUGUGCGCUUUGGAUUAUUGGAGAGUAUUGCCUAUCGCUUUCUGAAGUUGAGAGUGGCAUUUCAACCAUUAAACAAUGCCUUGGCGAGUUACCAUUUUACUCCGUUUCUGAGGAAUCUGAGCCAACUGAGACAUCAAAGAAGAUUCAGCCAACCUCUUCUGCCAUGGUGUCCUCCAGAAAACCAGUGAUUCUUGCUGACGGAACUUAUGCUACUCAAAGCGCAGCCUCUGAAACCACAUUCUCCUCACCAACAGUUGUUCAAGGAUCACUGACUUCUGGGAAUCUGAGAGCACUGCUUCUGACUGGUGAUUUUUUCCUUGGAGCAGUGGUUGCUUGCACAUUGACUAAGCUUGUUCUUAGGUUGCAGGAGGUUCAGUCUUCCAAAACUGAAGUGAACAAGACAGUCACAGAGGCUUUGCUGAUCAUGGUUUCUAUGUUGCAACUCGGUCAAUCUCCUGCUUCUCCACACCCUAUUGAUAAUGACUCAUAUGAGAGGAUUGUGUUGUGCAUCAAAUUGCUUUGCCAUAUGAAUGAUGAGAUGAAAAAGAUUUGGCUGGAGUCCUGCCGUCAGAGUUUUGUCAAGAUGAUUUCUGAAAAACAGCUUAGAGAGAUGGAGGAACUUAAGGCAAAGACCCAAACAACUCAUGCUCAACCUGAUGAUCUCAUUGACUUCUUCCAUCUUAAGAGCCGGAAGGGAAUGAGUCAACUUGAGUUGGAAGACCAGGUACAAGAUGACCUAAAGCGGGCAACUGGAGAAUUCACCAAGGACGAGAACGAUGCUAACAAACUUAACCGCAUUCUUCAACUCACAGGAUUCAGUGAUCCAGUCUAUGCUGAAGCAUAUGUGACAGUCCAUCAUUAUGACAUUGCACUCGAAGUUACCGUUAUCAACCGUACAAAAGAAACCCUUCAGAAUCUGUGCUUGGAGCUAGCAACAAUGGGUGACCUCAAACUUGUUGAGCGUCCUCAGAACUACAGCCUGGCACCUCUAACAAGCAUGCAGAUAAAAGCAAACAUCAAGGUCUCGUCCACAGAGACGGGAGUGAUAUUCGGGAACAUCGUCUAUGAGACUUCAAAUGUUAUGGAGCGAAACGUCGUUGUUCUUAACGAUAUACACAUUGACAUCAUGGACUAUAUCUCCCCUGCUGUAUGCACAGAUGUUGCUUUCAGAACCAUGUGGGCAGAGUUUGAAUGGGAAAACAAGGUCGCUGUAAACACCUCGAUCCAAAACGAAAGAGAAUUCCUCGACCACAUUAUCAAAUCCACAAACAUGAAGUGUCUCACUGCUCCAUCGGCACUACAAGGGGAAUGUGGGUUCCUUGCAGCAAACUUAUAUGCAAAGAGUGUGUUUGGUGAGGAUGCUCUUGUGAAUGUGAGUAUCGAGAAGCAAACCGAUGGAGCACUGAGUGGCUACAUAAGGAUAAGGAGCAAGACGCAGGGGAUUGCUUUAAGUCUUGGGGACAAAAUCACACUCAAACAAAAGGGUGGUAUCUGA